AAUGCAGCUGCGGAAUGUGAAAUGUAGAUGCACGAUAUAUUAUGUUAGAUAUUUAUGGGCUAGAUGCAUUCAAAAAAUCCAAAAAUUUUCCAGUAAUUUUUUUCACGAAUGUUAACUUGGUAAUGAUUUUUUUGGAAAUAAUCUGAUACGAAAAAUAAUCUGAAAUUCAAAUCAUUCGGUUGUUGAUAUGCCUAAUUCUACCACGUGUGUUGAGCGAUCUAACUGUAAGCCAGAUAUGAAUAUAUCCGAAUUAUUUUAAUGUUUUACCGAUUCAAUAUAGGGUGAUUCAGAGUAGUAGGAAAGAAAAAGAGAACCUGGAUAUUCAAGGAUUGCUGCGUGAAUUUCAUUGAUGACGGGUUCCAUUACAUUCAUAUCGUAGUAACUACGGAAUUGUGUUUCAUGAAUUAGAAUAUAAAGCCGAAUCACAGAAAUGAAAGGGCACAUGAUGCUGUCACGUGACACUACAAUCGCCCAAAUUUUUGGAUGGAAAGAAAUCAGCCAAUUGGAGCGCGUGUUCUUCCCAGCGACCUUGAAGAAAUGAUUUUAAUUGGAGGAAAAUAGAUCCCGUGAUGCAUUGAGCCACCUUCUCAACGACGCAGCCCUACGUCGAGUUUACGUGAUGUUCAGUGCGUAAACACCGGCAUUUGAAGUGUAUCUGAUGGUGACAAUUGAAAAGUAGAUUAUAAUGGAUAUCACGCCAAGGCUGAACUUUUGUGCCAGUGACAUCGAAGACGACGAGUUGAACAUCAGCUGUCAGUCAAAUGGAUCGGUUUCAUUUUCAGAGCCCACUGGGAUCAGCAUCCCUGCUUGUAAAGAACAGCUAACAUCGAGUUCACCGAUUGCUUGUAGUCCUCCUUAUAAACGUGUGAGAGCACUCCGUUUAUUUGAUUCACCAGCAACACCUAAGACUUUGAUGGAAAAAAGUACAGCACAAACGCCGAUACUUCCACCAAGAUGUACCAAGUUAAUUCACAUGGAAAAACCCAGAGCUGUUGCUUCAUGUUUUCCUAGCAAGUCUGAGAAGCCUGCAGCUAAUGUCAACCCUUUCACUCCUACUGGCAUGCAACUGAAUGCUCGAAAGAGAACACGGUCAAAGCGAAACCUUAAUAGCAGUUCUCCUGAACUCCGUGCCACCAGUCUUGAUACCUCCGAUUUAGAGAAUCUAGAUGUUGAAGUGGAACAACCAACAAAACGUGUAGCUCUUCAUGAAUCAAACAUACCAAGAUACCAUCAAGAGUUCUUAGAGCUUGAAUUAAUCGGUAUUGGAGAGUUUGGCUCUGUUUACAAGUGUAUCAACAGGUUAGAUGGUUGCACAUAUGCAGUGAAAAAAAGUAUUAAACCUAUAACGGGAAGUGUAAAUGAAAAGAACGCCCUCAAUGAAGUAUACGCACAUGCCGUACUCGGUAAACAUCCACAUGUAGUACGCUACUAUUCUGCUUGGGCUGAAGACGAUCAUAUGGUCAUUCAGAACGAAUACUGUAAUGGUGGUAGUUUGGCAGAUUCAAUUUCAAAACUUCAAGCUAGCAAUGCGAUGAUGUCCGAAGCUGAACUGCGCCAACUAUUAUUGCACAUUGCAGAGGGUCUUAAAUAUCUGCAUUCUUCACAACUAGUCCACAUGGAUAUUAAGCCUGGAAAUAUCUUCAUAUCAAAAGAAAAAAGGCUACAUUCAGUUGACUACGACUCUGCUGAUGAUGGAUUUGAUGAAGAAGAAACAGUCGAGGAAGAAAUAACUUAUAAAAUUGGAGAUUUGGGUCAUGUCACAUCUAUCACUAAUCCAUUGAUAGAAGAAGGUGAUUGUAGAUAUCUACCGACAGAAAUCUUACACGAAGACUUGACUCAUAUGCCUAAAGCUGAUAUUUUUGCAUUGGGGUUAACGGUAUACGAAGCAGGUGGUGGUGGCGAACUACCUAAAAAUGGUCCCCAAUGGCAUGAAAUUAGAGAUGGAAAGCUAAAAGAUCUACCACAAUAUAGCAGGGACUUUAACGAACUGUUGAAGUUAAUGAUUCACCCAAACCCAGAGAUGAGACCAUCGGCAACAUCGCUAAUUCAACACAGAGUCCUAUAUCCUUAUGGAAAUCAAACAAAAGCCCAACUUCGACGGGAGUUGAAUGCAGAGAAAUUAAAAAAUGAAAUUCUUGCGAAACAAGUUGAAGAGGCUAACAAAUGUUUGAAAACUCUCGCACCAAACGUAGUUGCUCUGAAUGCCACAAUGAAUCUGGGAGGAUAUGGUCUGAGGCCUACGCCAACCAGAACCUCUGCUCGAGCUAUUGGUAAAAAAGUGAACCGCAGCUAUAGUGCAACCAAUAUUUAAUUAUGGCAAGCUUGACUGUUUCAUAAAAAGUCAAUGCCAAAGGUAGGUUUGGUGCCACAUGGUGCCUUAUUUUUGUGAUAAGCAAGUAGAAACUUAGUAAGUACGUAAAAAUAAAGAAACUUGAAACGAACACAUCGAAAGUUCCAGGGUCAAACUCACAUGCUCUGAUAAACAGUAGGUCUGAGAUUUAAACGUUACUAACGUGGUUGGGCAAAAAAAGUAAGAACACUUAAGAGUUCAUAAAACUUUGAUUCUGCACGAAAUAUUGGAAGCAGGUGAAAAAUAAGCAUAUUUAGCCUGGUGAUUAUUUGAAAUUGUAUGCCGUUUGAUUGAAAUUUUUUUCUUUUUUUUGGUCCAAUUAUUUCCUACAUUUUAACAAGUUUACUUUUCACCAUGCAUCAAAUGUCCUAUUGUGUUUACACCUGCCCAUAGAAUAGGUAAUAUAUACUACGUGUACUGAUUAGUAGCAGAAAUGAUUUUUGCUUCUUGUCUUGAAUUACCAAGAAUUUAAACUUCAUUCUUUUUACUUACUGAUUAUUUUAAUUAACUCCUCAGAAUGUGAGGUUCCAAUCCAUUAUUGUAACAACGUUUAGAUCCUACAACAGUUGGGGGCAGCAGGGUAGAGGUGCUCUUAAAUUGUGGAGUAUCAUUAAAAAAAAAUUUCUGUUUUCUUUAUAUGCUUGAGCGGAAUGUGAUUGUCAUGAAGAUUGAUGACAAUUAGGAGUAUGAAUAGAAUCAUUUUAUUUCAUUGUUAGUUUUUUUCUUUCUUUUCUUCUCGCAUUCUCUGAUGAUUGGGCAGUUCAAAUCCACGCAUUAUUUAUAGACAAGUCUCAGAGAAAAGAUAAGGCUGAGCUAUUCACUGUCCGUAAAGCCUAGAAACGGUUUUUCAAAGCAAUGAUCUUUUAAAAGUGUUAUACAAGAAUUUUUGCAUGUAUACCUCAAAACAUUUAUGUAUCUCCUCAACGUAUCAAAAUUCACCAUUACUUUGUAAAUAACCCACGCCGGCAACUGAUUUUAUACCUUAAACCCAAUGAUAAGAUAAUGUCUACAUCUGUGGUCUAUUUUAUUUUAGUAUUGUAUCCAAAUUUCUUGUCUAAUAACUGGUGUCUAUAUUGACAAUAUUUUGUAAAAAUUUAUCAAGAACUUCCUAUAAAACCUUAAAAAUCUGAAGAUUUUUUACUGCUGAUAUGUUGUACAAAUGUGAUCACAAAAUAUAUCUCAAAUAAAACCAGAAAGUUUUUUUUCAAA